AUGGCGUCCAGAAUUUAUGAACCGUCGCCUCAAUCUGAGAUGCACGCAGCGGUGUCGUCCUGUUUCUUGGGCCCACAGGCAGAGAACUUCGAUUUACUCAAAGACCUUUUCAUCAAAGUCGUUGAAGACCAAGCAAACGCUCGUCGUGCUUACCACCCUGAGGACGGCAUUUUCAUCACUACUGAGAUUAAGGAGUCAGCCGCGUAUCAAAAUAAGGUUGCUGAUCUUCGCAAACAGUUCUCCAUACUCUCCGAUUUACUCAACACGUUCUCUGUCCCGUUCUACUCCCCGCGAUAUGCCGCGCACAUGACAUUUGAUACGAGCAUGCCCGCUAUCUUGGGUUGGCUCCUCGCCGGUUUGUUCAAUCCGAACAAUAUCACCUUCGAAGCGAGUCCUAUGACGACUUUGCUUGAGAUUGAUGUUGGCAAUCAGUUGUGCGAGAUGCUUGGCUAUAAAACUCGUGCUAUCGCUAAGACUGGGGAGGCUAUCGGAUGGGGACAUAUCGCGUGUGACGGUACUGUCGCAAACUUGGAGUCCAUGUGGGCCGCUCGCAACCUCAAAUUCUACGCUCUCAGUCUCCGCGAGGCUAUGGAACCGGGUGGUCCCCUUGCGUUCAUUGCUGACAGAUUCAAAGUCGGUACAUGCGCCAGGCCGAACGAACUGGUGUUACUUACGGAGCUUUCCGUGUGGGAACUUCUCAACUUGCGCAUCAAAGACAUCUUGGACAUUCCCGAAAGGCUUUCCAAUGAGUUCGGUAUCACAUCUCAAUUUUUGGAAGAUGCUCUCGGAGACUAUCUCAUCCAAUCUACUGCCAAAGAUGUUCUUGAGGUCAAGUACGGGAUCCAGAGUCCUCAGUAUCUUGUAUCUAGCACCAAGCACUACUCUUGGCCGAAGAGUGGUGCCAUCGCCGGAAUAGGGUCGGCCAAUGUAGUCGAUGUGCCAGUGGACACCAAUGCCCGUGUCGACCUCGAAUGCCUGAAGGCAGCCCUUGAAGAACGAUACCAGAAUCAGCAAGCUGUCUACGCAGUUGUGGCGAUCAUCGGUUCCACAGAGGAAGGAGCUGUGGAUCCCCUGGAUGCCAUUGUCAAGCUGCGAGACAUGUACGAAGCGAGGGGCAUGUCGUUCGUCGUCCAUGCAGACGCGGCGUGGGGCGGCUACUUCGCCUCCAUGAUCCGUGACAAGCCUGUCUACCACGUGCCAACUGCUCCGCGUCGCGAUGACCGCGAAUUUGUGCCGAGCGUCACUUUGCGCCCUUCCACUGUGGCACAAUUUCAUUCCCUGCGGCAUGCGGAUUCCAUUACAAUUGAUCCGCACAAGAGUGGCUACGUGCCCUACCCGGCGGGAGGGUUGUGCUACCGUGACGGCAGGAUGAGGUUCUUGUUGACUUGGACAGCGCCCUACCUUCCCCAAGGUACUGCGGAGAGCAUUGGUUUGUACGGAGUCGAAGGAAGCAAACCUGGUGCGGCUGCUGCAGCAGUUUAUCUGCACAAUACGGUUGUUGGUCUGCACAAGGAGGGUCAUGGCGGGUUGCUCGGCGAGGUCUCCUUUACGUGCCGCAGACUCUCUGCCCACUGGGCUGCGAUGUCUGAUGACAAGACGGACUUCGUAGUCGUCCCUUUGAAUCCUCUGCCUGACGAGUCUACAUCUGACGCAGUGGCGAAGGAGAAGGAGUUCAUCCGUUCACACAUUCUGGGGAAGUCCAACGAGGAGAUCUGGAACGACAAGGAGGCAAUGAAGGUUCUCUGUCAGCUGGGAUCGGACCUGAAUAUCAACGCGUUUGCCUGUAAUUUCCGCAUCAACGGCAAGGUGAACGAAGACGUUGAGGAAGCCAAUUACCUGAACAAGCGCAUCUUCGAGCGUCUCUCGAUCACUACUACGGACAAGACGCCGCAAGAUGUCCCAAUCUUCAUCUCCUCUUCCGUGUUCGAGAUGAAGAACUACGGGAAGUGCGCCACGAGGUUCAAGGAACGUCUUGGACUUGAGACUCGAUCGGAGCAGGAUCUGUUCAUCCUCCGAAAUGUGGUCAUGUCUCCGUUUCAAACUGCAGGUGACUUUGUGCAGAAGCUAGCAGACAUUUUCCAAGGUGUUUUGGAAGAUGAGGUCAAGAAUGUUGUCCAUCGGAACACCAUCUCUCCCCAGAGACACGCCUUUAUCAUGCAGGGUACCAACAAUAUCUACUUGGUGUACCGAUCACUCUUCCAUAAGGCGAACAGCCGCUUCCAGCUUAUUGUGAGCGCGAAUAUCGAGGACGCAGCGCAGCUUGCACAGUAUCAAGCAGCCAGAAAGGCGAAUCCGACCGAGAACUAUUGGUUGCAGACACAACGCGAGGUGCCCUUGUCAGACAUCUUGAAGAAUGGCACCUUCACCGGAACCAUCCGCGGCAAGGGUCUGGACUUGAGUGAGGUGGUCGUAUCUUCGAUCUAUGUUGUCAAGGAGCGUCCCCUUGACUCCAUGUGGCGCGACCAGAAUUACCCUGCCGAUUCCAUUCCCUUCUACCUCUACGGCUCUUUGCAGGAGCAGCACGUCGACCACAUGCUUCUACAAGCACCUAAUGCUCAGCUCUGCGCUGAUCGUGUUGCCUUAAGUCUGGCAGAAGUGGAUCGUCUCACGGACGAGAAUCUGAGGAAGGGUGUUCUACUAUUCAUCGAGGGGUUGCACGAGCAGGCGAUGCAGCCGUUCAGCAAAGACGAUCCGCCGAACUUCUUCAAGGCAGGCACCAAGUUCAACGUCAAGGUUUACAACGAUCCACGUGCUGCAACCACGCAUGGCCCUGGGUUGGCGAAGGUAUCCCCCAGAGAUUUCAUAGCUUCCGGCACUCUCACACUAGGCACUGGGAUUUUCGUCGACUACACUGACUUGAAUAGAGAGGACUUCAUCGAGGGCAAGCAGCACACCACCAACUACACCUCGAACAAGAUUAGUCCUGCCAUUAGGCAGGAGUGGCAGGACGUUAUGAGGUCUUAUGUGGGUUGA